AUGGAGGAAGCUCAACGCCUCGUGGGUGUGCGCGAGCUGGAUCUCGCCAACUACGGGCCAGUCUCUGUGGUGGACAGAAUUAAUCUCGUGCAGGGCUUGAGAACAAGUGCCGCCUUCUUCACAUUUCUGCGAGCAAAUCUUGCUCUCAGUGCUACAUCACCAUCGUCACCUAUUUCCUCUUAUGCGCCAACGCCAUACCUCGAGCCUUAUUCGCAUCACCAGUUUCCCAUCCCACCGUCUCCUUCGCCUCUCAGCUCCUCGACGUCCUUCUCAGACUCUCACUCCUACACUGGUGCCGAUGCCUCUGCUCCUCUUGACCCUCUCGAUGAUGUUCCUCCUCUGUCCCUGGAGCCGCUGCUCACCUACGAUGACAAAGUCGCUGGCCUCAAUCUCAUUGCCGACUCGAUAGCGCAGAUGAAACAGCGGGCUGCUCACUCCAUGGUCUUUCACCCCCUAUGCAUGGGCAUCCUGUUCAUGGCAUGGGCCGGCAUCUAUCGCUGGUCGUAUGUCCCCUCAACCGAGGAUCCCAGCAUGGCUCUCCUGCUCUCAUGCGGUGUAACCAUGACCUAUCUCACUGCUAUACGCUACUUUACAGACGGCUACGUAAAGCUCGCCGAGAACAUGCGUUGGUCGUGGCUCGAGGGGUCCGGCAGUAUCGAAGGUGAUCUCCUCAUUGGCGCGCGCUAUGGUGGCGCUUUGAUUGGAGUCCUGGUCCUCCGGCUAGAGCCUCGCUUUUCCUCCCUUUCAUCGGGGGGCAGCAAGCGCAGGAACAGGAGCAGGAGCGUGAGCUUCCGGGGAGGUAAGGGCGUUAUCCGGGCAUGGACCACACGCCUCCGGUAUCGUGGCAAGGGCAUCGGCCGAGACCUCCUCGAUGGCGCCAUCCGCAUUGUCAAGGACCGCUGCGGAAAGGAUGCCGAGGUUGGUUUUGCGCAGGAGCAUGCUAACAGCACCAUGCUACUGCCGGCCAUGUUCAACGGAGCGUUUCGUAGAGGUGAGAUUCGUGCUGCCAAGGCGCUGGAGAAGGCGUUGGAGGAGUGGGAGUCGAGCAAGAGAAAGAAGUGGUAA